UGUUCUAUGUUUUUGUGUACGGGAGAAGAGGCAUGGAGGUGCGACCAGCGUUCAUGUGUGUGAAGACGACGAUGCAUCGGUCGAGAUGAUGGCGGCGGCGGCAGGAGGAAAGAAAGCCGUAAGCGAGGCCCUUCUCUCGAAGAAGGUACAACGGCCUGUGAAGUUAAAUCCUGCGAAAGGAGGGUCUUUGUUGCACAAUGCUAUGGAAUCGCCUGACCGUCACCCGACACGUCCAGUAGAGGCAUCAACAGCGGUCACCACCAACGAGAUAACCGCCACGACUGACGAGAUGGCUAGGACGACGGACACGUCCGUUUUCGAAGCCAACAUUCGUAUGCGACUAUCUCGUCCUCCUCCUCCUCGUCGUCCUCUGGCUGCGCCCUCGCAGAGUGUCAGCAACAAAGGCUGCUGGACGCAGUGUCCCGAUUGUGGCGGCCUCUUCGCCCAAGACAGCUGCAGUUCAUGCAGUUCAGAAGACAGUCUGUCGCCAGGUGACCGAUCUGAGCUGGGUGAUUUACUGAGCACAACGGCAACGCUCUGUCAGAAGAUGGCUGGAAUUCUGAAUGGCAAUCAGCAGCAUUAAACAAGUCAAAGAGAUGCAUAGCGCAGUUCAACAAACAAAACCUCGAUACUACGUAAAAGCACCAGUGAGACAAAUAGAGUUAUUGCUCACAAA